AUGGCCAUCGAUACACUUAACCGAGAGUCUAGCCAUCUGGCGAACCCAACCUUGUUACGAAAGAUCGACGAACUCCGCGAGAAGAAUAUCGGCCAGCACGUUCCUCUUCCUCAGCUCGUUGUCGUAGGCGACCAAAGCUCUGGCAAAUCAUCUCUAUUGGAGAGCCUGACAAACAUUCCAUUUCCUCGCAAUUUAGAGCUCUGCACCCGCUAUGCGACGCAGAUAACGUCCCGCCGCGACUUACAUUCUCAAGUUGACAUCACCAUAAUCCCAGGGCCUCACGCAUCUGACGCACAUAGGAAACAUCUAGAGGAGUAUCAUCCAGGGAUGUUAUCCCCAGAAGUCUUCCGCGUUGUGUUCCCACGCAUCAUAAAGGAAGUCAACAUUCGAAUGGGAAUUCGGACGGACACUUCCUCAAGCGACGGCAAUGUUUUCAGCGAAGAUGUCUUAAAAGUCGAGAUAUGUGGUCCAAAUGAAGACUAUCUGACCCUCAUAGACGUGCCAGGCAUCUUCCGUACCCCUACAGAAGGGAUUACUACCAAAAAGGACAUUAAACUUGUUCAAAACAUGGUUAAAGGGUAUAUCAAGGAUAAGCGUACCGUCAUUCUCGCAGUUCUCCCAAGCAAUGUGGAUCCCGCUACCCAGGAAAUCCUGACGCUUGCCGAGGACUAUGAUAAAGCGGGAGAGCGUACUCUAGGGGUUUUGACUAAGCCAGAUCUUGUAACUGAACUCAGCGCUCAAGCUGCUGUGUGUAACGUUGUGUUAGGGAAGAAGAAACCACUCGCGCUUGGAUACUAUGUCAUUCGAAACCGCGGCGCAGAUGAUGACGACAACUUCGACCGGCUCUCUGUAGAGCAGCUGUUUCGGGAAAAGCCUUGGAGUGCCCUGCCGGCAGAUCGGCUCGGUGUGCAGGCAUUGAAGACACGACUGAGUGAGCUCUUAGGCCAAAUCACGCGCAGAGAAUUUCCUGAGCUGCGAAAGGAUGUUAAAAAGCAGUUGAUUGAUUGUCAAAGAGAGCUGGAUAGCCUCGGUCCGGCACGUCAAACUGAGCAAGAGCAACGAUUAUUUCUGAGCACCGUGAGCCGUCAAUUCCAGGAGCUGGUUCAGGCUGCUCUUAAUGCUCAUUAUUACAGCCACAGCGCAUUUGAGGAAAGCGGAGAACUUAAGCUUAUUACACAUGUUGUCAACCUCACCGAGCGGUUUAACUCUGACUUCGACGAGAAGGCGCAGCUCCGUUAUUUUGAGCCUCAGUCAAACAAUGACACGGAAGAGGAUGCCGACGACAGCGAGGAAGUCGAAGAGAAUACUUGGGCUGAUGUGAGCGCAAAACAGGAGUUGGUCGAUGAUGUUGACCUUGAAGACCCUGUUCUCGAAAACAUUAUCACAAAGGAUUACGACUUCGACUACCCUCAAGACGGCAUCAUGGAUUGGCUUGAGGGACUUUAUCUGCGGUCUCGUGGUGUAGAACUGGGCACCUUUGGUGGAGCUAUACUUUCCAGCGCAUUCAAAGAGCAGUCGAGCAAGUGGGAAAUUAUGACCAAGGUGUAUGUGAGCAAUGUUAUUAUAGUCAUUCACCGGUUCAUGAUAAUCACACUAAAAAUGCUUUGUACCGACGUCCGAGUUCAUGAGGAAAUAUGGUCCUCUGUUCUCGACGAAGUGCUCAACAGGUACAGAGCAGCGGUAGACCAAGCGAUGUUCCUCGUGUCCAUUGAGAGGGAGAAAAGACCGUACACUUUAAACCACUACUUUAACAAAAAGCUCCAGGUUUCACGUGGUAAUCGGAUGGCUGCGAUGUUAAAGGGAAAGGCUCGGAAGGAAUUACAGCCUGGUCCUUUCGGCAAGGGCGUUGUCACUUCCGAAAACCUUAUCGUAGAUCUCGACUCUGUCAGGCAUUCCACAACUAGCAAAAGCAAUGUGGAACACAUCAAGGAAGAGAUACAUGAUAUUCUUUGGUCUUAUUAUAAAGUUGCACGAAAACGAUUCGUCGAUAACAUUUAUCAUCAAGCUAUCGAUCACUGCCUAUUGACAGGACCCAUGAGCCCUCUUGCUGUUUUCAGUCAGGAGUGGGUGAUCAAAUUGGAGGCGGAACAGCUGGAGACGAUAGCGGGCGAAUCACCAACUACUAAGGAACGGCGGACAACCCUGGUGAAGAAGAUCCAUGAUCUGGAGGUUGCUAUGCGGAUCUUGAGACAUUGACAGAUGAAUGAAAUGCAAGAUCGCUCCGCUAAGAGGAACUGGGGAAGGAUUCUUCCCGGCCCAGCUCUAACAUACGUUACGACAGCUGUGGGUGAUAUUGCACUAGAAUAUUCCAGAAAAUGAGAUUAACUAUGACAUCUAGAUAUCCA